AGAACGCGAAAUUCAAGAUGGCCGCCCCCAUGCAGCAGUGCUGCAGUAAACAGUGCAGUGUGUGCUUGAGAGGUUCGAAAGAGAAAAGGAUGUCCGGAUAGGUCGUGGUCCGGAUGCGGUGCUUGAAGAUUUCGCGUCUUCCUUUUCAACGAGCUGGAUUCAAGCGACGCAAGAUGAAGUUGUACUCGCUUCCUGGUUUGACGUAGGAAACAGCUCCGGCCCGUUGCACUGAUCUAAGCUCCCCGCUUCUAGAAAUGUCAAGAUACGACUCUGGAUUGCCAAGGCCCGUCGGAUACAAGUCGUUUUGCCGGCGCUUGGCCGAAGUCAAGAUGUCAAUGCUCCUCGGUCUACUUUUGUUGGUUCUUUCCGUGCCGCUAUUGAUUAAUUACUACAUAUUUGGGUACCUCGGCAACGCGGACUCGUCAGAAGACAUACACAAGCGCAUCCAGUUGGACGACAUUCACGUAUUAGAAGUGAAAGAUCUCAAGCUAAGGAUUGAGGAGUUUCUGCGGAUUAAAACGUCGGUGAGCACCGAGCUUCGAGAUCUCGAGAGGCGGAGGCAGGAACUGCAGGCCGAGAUCACCGGCCUGGUGCAAAGCGUCGAGGACUCCAAGCGCAAGUACACUCAAAACCGGCUUCAGCUCGACCGCAUCGAGCUGUCCCUCAAGCAAGCCGCCUACGCCCAGGCGGAAUUAGAACAUCGAAACGUGCCACUUCUCAGGCCGCCCCUGACACUCUCCGUGGUGGCAGACGACGCUCCGUCAGGUUUGCAGGCGCAGUUGCGUGCCCACGGUUGCCGGAUGCACUCCUGUUUCGACUACUCCCGCUGCUCCCUGACCUCGGGCUUCCCCAUCUUCUUCUACCCUCCGGAUGACUCAAGGCUAGACCCGAACGUCGGGGCAUCCGUCGGGGAGAUUUCGAGCACCAACAUCCACGUCACGUUCGACCCCAGUGCCGCGUGCAUCCACGUCGUCGUGAUCGGAGGCGGCCUCAGGGCCGAUGCAGCACAGGACUACCUCCGUCGUCUGCCUCAUUGGAAUGGAGACGGGCGUAACCAUGUCAUCUUGAACCUGGGUAAGAGCGCAGAGCUGCGAGAAACCGACACGCAGCGGGCUCUUGUAGCACAAGUCAACUUCGAGGCCGCCGACUUCAGGCGUGGCUUCGACCUAGUCCUGCCGCCGCCGCCGCCAAACGGCGAGGCCGAGCCACCCUGGAGCACGACUGCUCUCGUCACGCCUGCCAGACGGAAGUACCUGAUCAGUUUCGAGGGACAGCUGCGAGGGGGAUCUAACGUUACCCUGGCCGCUCGCGAAAACAAUGUGGUCGUCGGUGCCCUCCGGAAAAUGUCGGCAGGCUACGAAAGUCAGCUGCGGUUCAUGUUCGCCUGUGCCCAUGCGGAAGAAGACUCCGCCGCUCCGUCCGACGACUGGUCUCUCUGCGGAAGCGCAGCCACGCGUGCCGAGCUCCUCCGGGACUCCACAUUCUCGCUUCUCCUCGCACCGUCCGGGGGCCGUGUGUCGUCGCACACUUUCCUGACCCGCUUUUGGGAAAGUCUCCGGGCGGGCGCCGUUCCCGUCGUGCUCGGAGGUGAUCGUGUCGAACUUCCAUUUGGCGACUUCAUCGACUGGACCCGAGCAUCCCUGCUGCUUCCGCUCGCACGUGUGACGGAGCUACACUUCGUGCUAAAGACGUACCUUGAUGCCGACAUCGUCGAGCUGCGUCGGAGGGGGCGUCUGCUUUGGGAGCACUACCUGUCCACGACGCCUCGUCUCGUAGCGACGGCGCUCUCGCUCGUCCGCUCCAGGCUGGGGAUCCCGGCGCCUCCCGUGCAUGAGGAGCCAUCGCCGAGCAUCUUCAACGCCACCUUUCGGCCAGUGACGAUGGAGGUGCCCCCCAACACCGAACUGGAAGAAAGUCUGGGUCCCAUCGAGCCUCCGUUUCCGUCCCUGCCGUACCAGCGGAACUUCAGCAUUGCCCUCAACGAGCAGACAAGGGUCUGGAAUGAGGCGUUUGAUCCUCACACCCUGUAUCCGUUUGGGACGGAAGAGCCCGUGCUGCCCUCCGAGGCCAAGUUUAUGGGUUCAAGCUUUGGUUUCAGACCGAUUGGCCAAGGAGUCGGAGGAACUGGCAAAGAGUUCAGUGAAGUGUUGGGGGGCAAUGUGCCGAGGGAGCAGUUCACAGUGGUGAUGCUGACGUACGAGAGGGAAGCUGUCCUGAUCGACUCUCUACAAAGGCUACGUAGCCUGCCACACCUCAACAAAGUGAUUGUGGUCUGGAACAGCCAGAAGGCCCCGUCGCCUGAACUGCGCUGGCCGGAGAUUGGCGUCCCAAUUGAGGUGGUGCGUGCCAAAAAGAACAGCCUGAACAAUCGCUUCCUGCCCUUCUCCCUCAUCGAGACAGAAGCUGUGCUGUCAGUGGACGACGACGCACACCUGCGUCAUGACGAGAUCAUUUUUGGGUUCCGGGUCUGGAGGGAAGCGCGAGACCGGAUAGUGGGCUUCCCUGGGCGCUUCCACUCCUGGGACCUGAACCAUCACUCCUGGCUGUACAACUCCAACUAUUCCUGCGAGCUGUCCAUGGUGCUCACAGGAGCAGCCUUCUUCCACAAGUACUACUCAUACCUGUACACCUAUGUGAUGCCCCAAGCCAUUCGGGACAAAGUGGACGAAUACAUGAAUUGCGAGGAUAUUGCCAUGAACUUUCUAGUCUCCCACAUCACUCGCAAGCCACCCCUCAAGGUCACCUCCCGGUGGACCUUCAGGUGCCCCGGCUGCGCGGUGUCCCUGUCCGAAGACGACUCCCACUUCCAGGAGCGCCACACGUGCAUGAACUUCUUUGUGCGCGUGUACGGCUACAUGCCCCUGCUGUACACACAGUUCCGGCUGGACUCCGUGCUGUUCAAGACGCGGCUUCCGCACGACAAGCAGAAGUGCUUCAAGUUCAUCUGAGAGGGCAGUUCUCGGUGCGCACACUACUUCAGGGACGUUGUUUAGGGGGGGAGGAAACGCGGCACGUAGAGUUGUUACGACGGACAGUGGUUAGGGUACGGUGCCCUGAGCGCAUCUCGAACCAGCGUGUCUUGCGCUUCCUCGAAUGAGGUCCCUCAUAUUUCUGCCCGGUGGCGUCGUAGAGGUGUCGCACUGUCGCCUGCCACGAUCCAGGCAGCGGAACGGCAGCGGAGGUGGGUGCAGCAGAUGCCCGUUCUGCCGCAAGUCGCUCUCCGGCCUGACUGUCCAUGGAAUCUUCGGCAGCCAGGAGUUUGAAGUUGCGAUGGCGAUGCCGGUAUUCGCUCGCACUUUUUACUCAAACUUCCGCGACUGACUGUCGGGAUCACGCAUCUAACAGCACGACCCGUCAGAGAUGCAUUCCACCCAGCCUAGUCGGGGCAUCCACGACACGGUUAGAAAUGGGACGACGACGACGUUGGUACGGUCGGGCAUAAAAAAUAACCGACGCAACGUGACGGAAGUUAGAAUGGCGCAAUCUUUUGAGCAGAAUUGCCGCUUCAUCUCAUCGGGAACGAGAUUGAUUGCACCGGCUCAACUGCUGCUACGGCCGGUCGGAUCGAGCCCGUUCUCGGGAGAACGGAACAACGGUAGUAGCACCACUCCAUGCCUCUGCGUUGUAUCGGUCAUUUUUUCAGCACCCCGCGAGUACUGUAAGAAAAGCUUUUACAAUUAGGUCACACCAGUGCGUUGUCUAGGCUCGUCUACAAUGUCACUUACUGUUCCCGUUUCACGAAGCCACGCAGGGAUCUGUUGGUCUUAGUUACAAGAAAGUGAUGCUAGCGUGUAGCUAAUGGUUUGAGGUGUGCAGUGUCAACUAGCUGUCUGCCCUUUGAAACAAGCGACCAUGAGCGUCGCGGACUAGCGAAACUUUCUCAAGUUCCAAUCCUGUGUUUCAUACUUAAAAGUAGGCAUCUCUUACGUCAUUUUUGUAGACAUUUUGGUUCGGACUGCUUGCGGCAUCAAGUAGUAGUUGUGGCAAAGUGCAACUCUUAGCUGGAACCUUGGGGCUGAGCUCUUGCUGGUCAUAUUUAUGCUGGAAUGAAAACAUAGGUUUUAUGAUUUCUGUGGGAUUUCUUCUGCUAAGAAAUGGCAAAUGUUCAGUUGUCUCACUCUUCCCAGAAACGGCCAAGUUCGACAGUCACACACGGCGUUGCAAGCUGUUUACUUUUUCUUUUAACGCAGACAUUUCUGAUAGAUCUUGUAAAAAAGGUCUUAGUUUUCUGAACAAUAUUGUUUAGAAGAAUUAGCUGACUUGUAUCUGUACUACCUCCGAUGCUUUCUGUCUUCAUCCAACAUCCACAUUUGUAUAAUGUGCCCCCUAGUCAUUAUCUUGUAUGUCAUCUUUAUCAUCUUGCUUGUGACUAGUAUGUUUUCAACUCAAUGUUUUACCCAUUAUCCAGUGGUUUUACCUCCUUUUCGUCUUAGACCCCUUUGUGGACAAAAUACAAUUGUGGGACACUUUACUGGUCUGGUUAGUUAAUGUCCUCACUGCCUCAGCUGAUUAGGUUGCAUCUCGAUUCAUGUUAGAAUAUUUUCAACUGCUGUCCCGUCUUGCCAUGUCUGUUUCGCCUUUUUCAGAGAUGCCAAUCAUCCUGGAAACCCUGAUUUUUGUUACAACUGCUGCAUCUAUUGUUCUUUCAACAUCUGCACAAUCAACGAGCAGUACUAAUGUCUAAAACAAACAAGAAGGAACUUUGAGGGGAAGCUGUCUACUGACAAGUGUGACAAUCGCUUAGCUUUGGUGGGCGUCGAACAGCCUCGAGUGCAGAUAUCUGUUUUUUCUUCCUCACGUUCACCCGAGCUGCACGUGAUCUCUAUCCAUCUAUACGUGUCCCAGACUCGCCACUCAACAGAGAUGUUUGGGAAAGGCACAUCUCUCCAGUCGGUGUGAAUCACUAUCGCAGAGUUCAAAGCUUAUUCCCAAAGAGUUGUUCAAAGGGUUUGGUGUCACGCAAUAAUGUAGGCAUAUAAGAAGGAAUAUGGGAAAGCAGUAGGAACAAUCAGCUGCAAUCCAGUUUUGCUGGCUCUCACUGCUGUACUGCGGUGUGCAGACUAUCAUUGCCAUCAGGAUGUGCGAUCAUGCAGCAAUGUGGCAUCACCCAUCCUAGAAUGAUCAACGAGCAAAACAAUCGUGAAAGGCUCUGUGCCGUCUUCGCCUCGAGCUUACAUAGCUUGAUAGUGUAAUGAGCACAUUUCAUUGUCAUUAUCGGACAGUAUGCAUUGCAUAUUAUUCAAACUGACACGAUUUACACUUUAACAGCAUGUCACUUCGUUAGUGCUGCCGAAGUGCGUUUGGGUUGGCUUCCGUGUUUUGACCAGCGUACGUCUUCCAUGUUGCAGUUGAAUCUUGUGCGCCGUCGUCUGUAGCGGUCAGUUAUAUGUACAAGGAAGUCAAAUUGAAAGCGAAGAAUAGCCAUGUUUUUUUUUUUCUCGAAAGGUUCAUCAUCAGGGUGCACAUAGGUCUUUUUGUACAGUGUAGGAUGUUGUGGUCGUGUUGCACGUUUCCCACGCAGCGUUGAAUAUCAGCAAUAAAGCGCGGCAUCUGAACUACUUUAUUUAUUUGAGUGGUUUUAAUCCAGUACCACCAACAGUUUAGGAAUGCCCGAGCACGUUUUGAUUUCCCCGCUUUCCAUGCGAGGCACAGCAGUCGCUUGAGCUCGCUUAGUGUUCUCGAGGUUUUUUGAAAAUAUGCUGUCUAACGCAUUCCAAAACUUCUCCUUUAUCAGUUACGGGUAGAAGCUGCACCAACAAACAGGGAGCAACGACAAGAAGCAACUUAACUAAUAAAUGUGAAUUGUUUGUUUAACUUACUAUCUUGUUCAUACAAGGUCUCAAACAUUCGGUGCUCCUGCCCCAAUGCUUCCAGGUUUGUUUGUUUGUGUUCGAUCAACCACAUGGCUCAUCAUUGACACUGUUUGAAGGACUCCUUAACCUGUGUCCCCCAACUUCUUGUGGCGUGCGUAGCCAGUGCGUGUGCACCCUAAUGUCACCAAGUGCCAUUUCGCCGAGCCGUUCCCACUCAGAAACGAUUGCGUGUAUGACCGUCUGUACUGUCCACACUGUAAAUAGUAGACUCGCCAAUAAACUUACGAAAUGAAAA